GAGUAUUCCUAAAUAUAUGUAUAUUUAAUAUAUAUCGAAACAAAAAUCGAUUGUUUUUCAAAUCACAAGUGAUUUAAGCCCUUAAAUGUCAGCUAAUUGUCAGAUUUGACAGCUGAUUGACUCCAUCAAGUGAGCGUUAAGCAUAUACUCGUAUGUAUGUACCUUAUCUGUAGCCAACUGUAUAUGCAGAACUUUUUUGAUAACAUUGCAUCAGAUAUAUAAAGAAAUACAAUAUGUAAAUAUAUAAAGAAACUCCGUUGGCAACCCUGUACUAAUUUAACCACAUCCAAUCACAUUAAUAUGAAAAUAUACAAAAAAUUCAAUUGAUACUAGACAUUGGUGCACAAUUUGCACACAUUUUCAAAGGCUUAAAAUACUACCACACAAAUGAAGCGAACAUUUGAAGUCGAGCUAAAAUCACAUAUCUUGCUACUACUUUGCCUAAAUAUUUGCUCAGCCAGAUGGGAGAGUGCGUAUGAGCACUUAUGUGAUAAAAAAGGCUGCAGUUAUCUGGUGAGAUUGGAUGAUAUUGUGGAGAAGAUUCCGCAUCAAUUAUUUUUCGAUUGGGAAUGGAACGGCUUUUAUACUGUGUAUAUGGAUGAAGAGUCGAACAGUUUUCAGUAUGGUCAUGAGAUAUGUGUGGAUGUGAACGGCUGUAAUGGCACAUUUAUUUGCGCUCAAAUCCAUGAAAUGACCAAAUUGAAGGAGCAGGUGGCUCUUAAUGUUGCGGGUCGUGUUCUUGUAAAUAAUGUGGUGAUUUAUUCAGACGAUGCUAUGACAUUUACUUUUUCAGGCGUAGAGAAUUUAAUAGCAAUGCCAACGGAUGUGGAAAAUUUUUUAGUAGAAUUGGGUUAUUGAAUAUACAUAUGCGUAAAUCAUAAAAUAUACAAUAAAUGAAAAUAAGUAAAUAAGUAAUAUAUACUAAAAAACCGAAAAUCAUCCAAAAAACUAACUUUAUAUCCCAAGCGAAAUUGAUCCGGUCCAACCAAAUAGAAAAAAAAAAUGCCUAGGUUCGCACAACCUUUCUUAUGUUCGUAUGAAUUAAACUCCAUAUAUCAAUUUGUGUGUGUUUGACUUAUUUGGAAGGCGAUAAUAAAGAUUUAUAUUGAAAUACGUGA